AUGCCGAUCCGGAACCCCUUCGCCAGGAGAGUCGGGAACGACGAGAACGUUCGCCCGGAGCUUCUGUCUGCCCAAGACGCUUCGCAUCCCGGCUUCGAGAGGCAGGACACGGUCGGUUCCAAGGCCUCGUCCGCGCUCAGCAUCCGCAGCGCCAAGAGCCAGGAUAAUGGCGAUUACAAGAUGAGCGUCGUCAAUGACAGUGGUGUCUACCUGCCUCCAUCUCCUAGCGAAGAGAAGGGAUUAUGGCCCCGACGGCCCGCCGUUCCUUCGCGGACUUCUAUGGACACCCGCAGCAGCAUCGGUGAUAUUGAGCACUUCUCCAUCUCAAGAGAGUCGUUCGACUCGUACCGCCGCUCCUUUGACAUUACUGCCAGGGCCCCAGUUCUGCAUGAACUGCCUGCUCGGCAGAGUCUCGACUCCGCCCGGUUCCCCCGAUUCCCGCGGACUUCAGUCAGGGACCCAUCAUUCGACCGGGCGCCACCCACCGCAGAGGAGGGCUUCGAGGAUGUUGGCUUGCACGAUGAGACCAAGCAGCCAGCCCAACAGCCGCCCAAGAAACGGGGCCUGUUUGCCCGGUUUGGCGACUCGCAAGAGCCCAGUGCCCACAAUCAAGGCAUGUCUCGCUUCAUCCCCGGGCGCAAGAGAGCUCAAAGUGGGGGUCAAGGCGCAGAACUGGGCACCAUGGAACGGCCCAAAUCCUCGCUAUCGGAUGAAGGGGAGGAGAUGCAAUAG